CCGUUAGCUCUCGCGAGAUGAGAUUUCCUACACAGUAUUGUUGCCGUUUAGUUGCUGUCAGAUCAGCAGCCACAACUCAGGACAAAUGGCUAAAGUGGAGCUGACUCCGCUCAGACCGUGGGACGACUUCUUCCCCGGGUCAGAGCGGGUCGCAAAACCAGACUUCAAAGACUUAGCCAAAUGGAACAACAGGGUGAUCAGCAACCUGCUCUAUUAUCAGACCAACUAUUUGGUUUUAGCCGUUGUUGUCUUCCUCAUUGUCGGGUUCCUGAACCCCGUGGGGAUGUUCACAGCUAUGGCCGUGGUGUCGGCCGUCUUCAUGGGGUCUCUGUGGGCGGGAGAGAACAAAGCUGUUAUCAACAACUUUAAGAGGCAGAACCCAACAGCGUUUGUGAUCAUCAUCAUGGUGGCCAGCUACAUGUUGAUUACACUGCUGGGCAGUGUCAUGGUGUUCAUGACGGCAGUCACUUUACCUCUGGCUUUGAUAUUUGCACAUGCAUCGUUUCGCCUCCGGAACAUGAAGAACAAACUGGAGAACAGGAUCGAGUGUGCUGGUCUGAAAAGGUCACCCAUGGGCAUCCUGCUGGAGGCUCUGGGUCAGCAGGAGGAGAAUCUACUGAAGAUCCAGACCUUUUUGGAGGGAAAACUCAAGGAGUGAUUGGAAUAUCAUGGACACAUCCUCUCUCUGGUCAAAGACUCUGAUUAGUUAGUUUAACAGCUCUGUUUGUGUGUGUGUUUGUGUGUGUUUUACAACUGAUGGUAUUUUCUCUUGGUUGUCUGUCACUCCCUGGUGAAUUUGUUCUCUGUUCUCAGUACGUACUGAGAGAGUUCUACUGUCUCACGUCUUUGCAAUGCAACGUGUCAGCGUCAAACACAGCUGCAGACUUCUGCAGGGAAAUGUGCGUUCAAUCAGCCUCACAGACGAGCCUCACUCCUGCCAGUUUACACUCCACUACAACUGUGACAGCGGCGCGAGUGUUGCCUUUUUAACAAAGAAUUAAAAAGUGCACAGUCAACACACGUUGCUGCCAAGACGCUGCGAGGGCUGCGAUUGUCUCCUCACAUGAAAAAGCAACAGUUUGCUCUCACACUCAUUUGAAUGGAAAACAGCCGGUCUCGUAAACAGAGACAGACAACGGAGAGAAGCUGAGUUAAAAGUACAGCUGUAGGCAAAAAAUGAUCUGGCCCCAGCCCCUCCCUGUGAAUGUUAGGCUGUGAUGGGACUCCAGCAGCUUACAACAACUCUUAGCAUAGCUGUGAAAUGUUGUAAAUAGUCAGGACAAUGUAGGGAUCGGAUAGGACUUAAGGGAUGCAGGUAGAAUAUGUGACGUAACAAUUACUUAGUUAAAAAAAGGUAACUGUAUUGACAUUUCUAUAUGCUAUGAAUCGCAAAAGAUUGACAUUUUUUUCGUGUACCAAAGAUUUCUCAGUUCAUGAGAAAAUAUUAAAAUAUCACUCUGUGCCACAGACAAA